GUGUUCGAUCCACGCUCACCGCAACCGCAAGUAAUUCUUUUUCGUUUCAUUUUUAUUUUCGUUCUCCCUCUUUCCCUCGCCCUAGGGCUUCGGCUCAAGUGCUCAACUCGUUUCGGCAACCGAUCAGCUUCCUGUAAGCUCCACGAAAGCUUAAUGAUUGCGAUAUUGUGUUAAUAUAGCUUGUCAAAGAACAUUGUGGAUGAUGAGUUCACGUGGAGCUAGUGCAAUGCUAUCAAGAGCCAGCAGAAUCAAGCAGAAGCUGCAAUCUGCACUGGAAGCAACUGCCCUGGACAUAGAGGAUGUCUCAUAUAAACAUGCUGGUCAUGCUGCUGUCAAGAGUGACGCAACUGAGACACACUUCAAUGUCAAGAUUGUUUCUCAAAAGUUUGAAGGACAGAACCUUGUGAAGCGCCACAGGAUGGUGUACGACUUGUUGGCUGAGGAGCUGCAAUCUGGAUUGCACGCUCUAUCUAUUGUGGCAAAAACGCCACAGGAGGUUGCUGGGCGUUGAAAAAAGAAUCUAUCCUUUCAACAUCUUUAAUCUGACCAAGAGGGAAGUAAGGAACAAAGAACAUGUCAAUUUUUAAGUAGAACAGAUUUUCAUUUCAAGCAAGGAGCUUUGAGUGAUGUUAUCUGCAUGCAGUAUCUUGUCACUUUUACAUAAAGCUUCUUUCUUUGAACUCUGAACAAAUAAUAAAUCUUUUUCUUCAGUAUUGUUCA